AUGGUCACGCUGACUGAGCUGCUGCAGGGGCCCUCCACGCUGGACGCGCUCGCGCACGCCGCGCUCAUCUUCACCGCCGGCGUCGCCAUCAUCGUCACCAACGUGCUCAUCAUCGCCACCUUCCUCAACCUGCGCGGGCCCACAGAAGUUAUCAACAUAUAUCUACUCUCACUGGCUGUGGCUGACCUGUUAUGUGGCUUGCUGAUUGUGCCAUUAUCUGUAUACCCAGCUGUUGUACAGCAGUGGGUGUAUGGAGACAUUGUCUGCCGGCUUGUUGGCUAUCUUGAGGUAACAUUGUGGAGUGUGAGCGUGUUCACCUUCAUGUGGAUCAGUGUUGACCGUUACCUGGCUGUGAGAAAACCUCUUCGGUAUGAAACAGUGCAGACAAAAACACGCUGUCGUUGCUGGAUGGUCUUCACUUGGGUAUCAGCCGCUAUGCUGUGUUGUCCGCCAUUGCUUGGUGUCAACAAACCAACAUUUGAUAAGGAUGCUUACAUAUGUGUGCUUGACUGGAGUAAUAUGGCAGCUUAUUCUGUUACAGUUGCCAUUCUGGUACUUGGCCCCAGUCUCAUAACUAUCAUUUACACAUAUUCUUACAUAUUCUCCACCAUGCGUAAAUUACGUAGUGGUGUUCCCAUCCAUGAUAAAGAGUACGCAAGUGCACUAUCUGAGAAUCUUGCUAACCCAAGUCACAUUGUGUCAUUUGUGCUUGUGAUAGUAUUCUGGUUAUCAUGGGCACCGUAUGCAGGAAUUAAAUUGUAUGAACAUUUUACAGGAAACAGGAUUCAGAUACCAUAUUUACAUUUUGGAAUUGUUUGGCUUGGAAUACUUAAUUCUUUUUGGAAAUCUCUUAUACUAGUGGCACUAAGUCCCCAGUUCCGACUAGCAGCACGUCUUCUUUGUGUGACAGUAUGCUGUCGUUACAAAGGGCGGCUGCAAGGAGACCUGAUGGGCAUAGAUCUAGAUGAAUGACACAGCCAAUUGUACUUCUAAAACAGGGACUUUUAUUUCAUGCCCUACAUAGUGCCACUGUGACAUAAACACAUCUUUCUAUACCAGUUUGCAUUAUUAAGUAUUAUUCACAUUGGUCAUAAUGUUAAUAUUUAAUCUGCUACAAAACUACAAGAAGGGACAAGCAGCUGAGUAACCACUUGAGACUGUAUGACAUGUAUUAAAAUGAGCUAUUUCAGAAUUAGUUUGAGUAAAGCAGUAUGAACAGUGUUCUGUGGCAGUGUAUAGAAGAAUCCGUGACUUCUGAUAUGUGCUUCAGGUAAUUCAUCCAGUGUAGCAUUUUAUUAAUGGCAAAUGUUAAAUUAAAGACUUCGGGAUGAGCUUUAAAAUACCUAUGACUGAACCUAAAAGAACUGUUCAUUUAUUCUGUGUGUAGUGCAUCUAGUGAAGAAGAAAACUUGAGCAUUGCUUGUUACAGUAUGAGGUAUCAAAGCUAAUGUUCUGAGUAAAGUGAAUAGUGCCCUUAGAUUGCUGUUGUGAUGUCAUUGUACAAAAUAUUUUGUGUAUAGCUAAAAUAAUGUACUUUUGGAAAAGCUUACUCCAAGAACAAUUCAAUUCCUACUUAUGACAUUACUGUGUUUA